CAUUGAUGGAGCUUGCAAUAUUGGAUUUUAACAUGGUCCAGGCUAUCCACCUUCAAGAUCUAAAAUAUUCAUCAAGGUGGUGGAGAAAUACAUGUUGGGAUAAGAAGUUAAGCUUUUGUCGAGACCGGUUGGUGGAGAACUUUCUGUGGACAGUUGGUGUUAAUUACCUACCUAAGUUUAGCCUUGGAAGGAAAACGCUAACAAAGGUUAACGCCAUGAUUACUACUAUCGAUGAUGUCUAUGAUGUUUAUGGUACUUUGGACGAACUUCAAAAAUUUACCGAUGUUACCACCAGAUGGGAUAUCAAUGCGAUUGAAGAACUCCCGGAUUAUAUGAAGAUUUGUUUCCUUGGAUUCUACAACACCAUAAAUGAGAUCACAUAUGAUAAUUUGACAAACACAAGAUUACUCAUCCUUCCAUACCUAAAGAAAGCAUGGGCAGACUUAUGCAAGUCAUUCCUAGUAGAAGCAAAGUGGUACCAAAGUGGACAUACACCAACACUCCAAGAGUACUUAGACAAUGCUUGUAUAUCGGUAUCUGGUCCUACAAUACUCAUGCAUUGUAAUUUUUUAACAUCUAUGACUUCAACGCAAGAGAUCUUGCAAUGCAUGGAAAGAAUUGACAACAUUGUUCGCUACUCAUCACUAAUCUUUCGACUUGCAAACGACUUGGGGACAUUCUCGGACGAAAUGGCAAGAGGGGAUAAUCCAGAAGCAAUUAAUUGUUACAUGAAUGAGACUGGUGCUACCGAAGCCGAAGCUAGAAGUUAUAUGAAAUUGUUAAUCAGCAAGACAUGGAAGAAACUUAACAAAGAAGUAACAGGUGUUGCAGGUUCUCAAUUUUUACAGGAGUUCGUUGACUGUGCAACAAACCUAGCUAGGAUGGCACAGUUCAUGUAUGGUGAAGGAGAUGGGUUUGGUCGUCCAGAACUAGUGACUAAAUCUUAUAUAUUAUCGUUGUUGUUUAAUCCAAUCGAAGGUCUACAUUAACUAAUAGCCAAGACUGUUUAUCUUUCAUUAAUUAGAGAUCAUCUAGGGAAUUGAUCAUUUCCAAAAUUAAGUGACAUCAUGUUGCUKAACUAAUGYUG